AUGUCGACUAGUACUACUCUAAGCAACUAUUAUGUGGACUCUAUAAUGGGACACGAAGCAGAGGACGCCUAUGGAGCGCGUUAUGUCCAGAGCUCACAUACUACGACCUCAAGGCCAUCAGGUGUUGGGGAAAAUGCAGAUUUUUCCUCUUGCAGCUUUGCGCCUAAGUCUGCCGUGUUCUCAACGUCCUGGUCCUCGGUUCACCCCCAGUCUCCUGCAGCUGUGUCCGGAAUUUACCAUCCUUAUGUUCACCAGUCCCAUCUUGCCGGCACAGACAACAGAUAUGUACGGUCAUGGAUAGAUCCGAUCUCAAACCAUGUAUCUUUGUCCGGUUUCCAUUCCAACGGCAGGCACUAUGGAACAAAGCCUGAAGGUUUACCAGCGAAAAGGACUGAGAGCUCCGCGUUUGAGGCUGAGCCUACGGGCGCCUCUGAUUAUGCCUGCGGGGCGGUUUCUGAGUGCGCCGAGAAAGCUACCAAAGAAACUGUUGGCAGUGAUAUUUCGAGCGAGCCAAAAGACGAGAAACAACAACAACUUGACCCGAGCAACCCGGCCGCAAACUGGAUUCAUGCGCGUUCAACACGAAAGAAACGAUGUCCGUACACAAAAUACCAGACUCUAGAACUGGAAAAAGAAUUUCUUUAUAACAUGUAUUUGACAAGGGAUCGCCGCUAUGAAGUCGCACGAAUUCUGAAUCUAACCGAGAGGCAGGUUAAAAUCUGGUUUCAAAACAGAAGAAUGAAAAUGAAGAAGAUGAACAGAGAGAGGGCCAGUGACGAGCCGCAGUGA